UGUAAACAGAGGUAGCUGCAGGAAACAUGACCAAGCUGGAGCUGUUGAACGUGUUCCUCACCGACAGGCUGACGGCGGCGGCUGAAGAGAUCUUCCGCGCCGUUAAAGACACGGUGGCGGAGUACCAGAGCGAGGUGCUGCGGUCCAGAGAGGAGAACGAGCGGCUCCGGCGGCUCCUGAACGCCGCGGUCCAACACCUCCUGCCGUCAGAGCCGUACUCCGUCUGGUCCCAGCUGGACGUUCGUCUGUGUGAGUCCGACASGAGGAGCGGCGCAGAGCUGCUGGCUCAGCUUAAAGAAGGAGAGCUCAGAGGAAGUCAGACUGUAGCUGCACAGGAAGCAGAGGACCACACUGAGGGGAACGGCAGCCGUGUUCAGCAGCAGGGGUCACGCCUUCUGUCAGACCCUGGAGCCCCCCCAUCCUCAGUGACGCCUGUAGAGAUAAAAAUAGAAAAUGAGAAACAGCAGCCAAUCAGCAGCUUAUCAGCUCCUUCAGACUGCAGAACAGCUGAAAGCCACUCCUCCUCCUCUGGGGAGAGUGACAGGCCGUUAAAAAGUAGCCCGCAGGUGAGGGGGGGCCCACAGGUGAGGGGGGUCCUUUGCUCCAACAGCAAACAAAGCAUGGUGCCCGUCAGGAGUGGGAGGUCCCUGAAGCUGCCUCUGCCUCGUUUCUCUCAGCCCAAGCCGAGCAUCCAGAGGUGGCACAGCUGCAGGGAGUGCGGUAAGAGCUUCAGCUUCGCCUGCCAGCUGGAGGUGCACAUGCGCUGGCACACCAAGGAGAAACCCUACAGCUGCGCAGUGUGCAGGAAGAGCUUCACCACGGUCAGCAUGCUGAAGAGGCACCACCGCAUCCACACCGGAGAGAAGCCCUUCCACUGCCACGUCUGCGGGAAACGCUUCAACCAGUCAGCUCACCUCAACACCCACUUCAGGCUCCACACCAAGGAGAGGCCCGGCAGGAGCUGAGGAGGAGGAGGAGGUGCCUGGCACCAGGAGCCAGACUCACAUGCAGCUGUUUAACCAGAACUUAACCCGUUUACCAACCACAAUUCAACUAGUUUACCACCAACAGGUCAACCAGUUUACCACCCACAAUUCAACUAGUUUACCACCCACAGGUCAACUAGUUUACCACCCACAGUUCAACCAGUUUACCACCCACAAUUCAACUAAACUAGUUUACCACCCACAGGUCAACCAGUUUACCACCCACAAUUCAACUAGUUUACCACCCACAAUUCAACUAGUUUACCACCCACAGUUCAACCAGAUUACCACCCACAGGUCAACCAGUUUGCCACCCAUGGGUCAACCAGUUUACCACCCACAGUUCAACCAGUUUACCACCCAGCAUUCAACCAGUUUACCACCCACAGUUCAACUAGUUUACCACCCACAUUUCAACCAGUUUACCACCCAGCAUUCAACCCGUUUACCACCCACAGGUCAACCAGUUUACCACCCACGGUUCAACCAGAUUACCACCCACGGUUCAACCAGAUUACCACCCACAGGUCAACCAGUUUGCCACCCAUGGGUCAACCAGUUUACCACCCACAGUUCACCCAGUUUACCACCCACGGUUCAACCAGUUUACCACCCACAGUUCAACUAGUUUACCACCCAGCGUUCACCCAGUUUACCACCCACAGUUCAACUAGUUUACCACCCACAGUUCACCCAGUUUACCACCCACGGUUCAACCAGUUUACCACCCACAGUUCAACCAGUUUACCACCCACAGUUCAACUAGUUUACCACCCACAGUUCAACUAGUUUACCACCCAGCGUUCAACCAGUUUACCACCCACAGGUCAACCAGUUUACCACCCAGCGUUCAACUGGUUUAACAUCCCAGACUUUAACCUUCCAUAUAUGAACUGAUUAAAGACCAUGUAAAGUAAAAAUAAAUGUGUGUUCUGAGGUUGUCACACCACAGUAAUAUGUGUUAAAAAUCACCCAGCCAAGUUUGAACAAUUARAAAUACUGUUGACCUUAUAAAAUUAUGUGUUAAAAGUAAUGAAAAAAUAUCAGUUAGCUGUGGUCUGGAAUGCUGGGGGCGUGUCUGCAGUAGGAGCUUAAACCACGCCCACGAUCCUGAACAUWCCUGUAACCAAGGAAGCAAUGUUCGAUUUCUUUUCCAUUAGAGCAACAGGGGGUGAGGUUAUACUGAAGGCAGCUGCGUGACAUCACGAGGCUGCCCUUUAAGACAUGCCCAAAAAAUCCUGAAACAGAUACACAAAUUAAAUCAUAUCUCCACUAUUCAAAUAUCUACAGUUGAGAGAAUUUGUACUCAUUUACAAGAACCCAUKUAUGACAUUUCUAAUGUUUAAAAAAGAAAAUGUUACAUUUUACUUUACACGGUCUUUAAACAAGAGUGAAACCUUUUAACCAGUCAAAGCUUGACUGGUUUAACCAGAGUUCAAGUGGUUUAACUUCUCAGAGUUAAACUGGUUCCUCACCCAGAGUUAAAACAUUUACAGUGAUUGUCUUUGUCUGUUCUUAUUGUCCAAUAAAGUUGUUGAUGUUGAA